CGUAGUUUCAUUAGCAUUGUAAUACGUGAUGGAGGAGGGCAAAAGUAUUCUUCUUUCGCUGGUUGGUGAUAACGAGAUUGAUCAUCAAUUACUAGAACCCGUCAAAUACAUAGAGAAAUGUAUCGAGGAACGCUUGGAGUCCAAGAUAGCAACUGCAUUCAAUGUGUGGUUAAAAAUACCAGAGGAUAAAUUACGUGAAAUUGCACUUAUAUCAAAGACGUUUCAUGUUUCCUCUCUUAUAAUCGAUGAUGUACAAGAUGAAGCGGAAAUAAGAAAAGACGUUCCAGUAGCUCACUCUAUUUAUGGAAUUGGCAGAACAUUGAAUGCCGCGAGCCAUGCUAUAUUCCUUGUUAUGCAAAGAGUUCACGCGUUGAAUCAUCCAAAGAUUAUGGAAGUAAUCCUAGAGGAAAUAUUGAAGACUCACAGGGGACAGGGUCUGGAAAUUUAUUGGAGAGACAAUUUCACUUGUCCAUCUGAAGCGUCGUAUAAGGAGAUGGUGCUUGAAAAAACAACAGGAUUUUUCAGUUGUACGGUCCGUUCGAUGCAACUGUUUUCAAAUUGCAAAGAGGAUUUUACUCCUUUGAUAAAUAUCAUGGGGUUGUACAUCCAAAUUUGUAAUGACUACUCUAAUUUUCAAUACGACUCGAAUACUAAUGACGAAAGCUACGCCGAUGACCUGAGUACAGGGAGUUUCAAUUUUCCUAUCAUGCAUGCUAUACAAACGCAUCCAGAAGAUACACAUAUAAAGACUAUUCUGAGACGACGGACGAAGGAUAUUACAGUGAAAAGAUAUUGCGCCAAACUGUUGGAAGAGUUCGGUUCUUUUGCUUAUACGAGAAAUGUACUCGAAGAUUUGGAUAAGCAAGCAAGAAAAGAGAUCGAACGUUUGGGAGGAAAUCCAUUGUUCGAGGAAAUUUUUGAUAAAUUAAGGGAUUUGAAGCAUCCUCACAAUAAGUAACGUUCUAAGAAAAGUAUGAAUCAAAUUUUAGUUUGAAAGGUAUUAAAUAUUCCCAGCGGUAUCAUGACAUUUUGAGACCCUGAACUGGAACCUUCGCGACAUUUUUCUUGUUUUCUGUUGUAUUUAACUUAUAUAAAUUUCAUUGUUUUAUGGCGUAUUUUAUCACGUAUCCAUAUCGUGAAUUAUACAUAUAAUUUCCAAAGCAUUGUACAAUAUUUUUUAACGCGUAUUGAAUUCGUUUUAUUUGACGAGUAACAUUGUAUAGUUAAUAAACACCAAUUUGAUAGAAAAUCUUCGACAUUUACAUUACAGUUAUUUCCGUGCCAUUUGAAACAAAUAAUCGAUGUUUAUUGAUAGACUGCGCAUCAUUAUGCAAAUUCAUAUUUGUAUUAAUAUAAUUAAUAAAAUGGUAGCUUUAUAAGGGGUUGUUUGAACCUCUUAAUAAUUCUUAUCUUGCUUCAAGUAUUUUUUAGAUUUAUACAUGCAUUUUAUAGUUCUUUCAGAAUUAAGAUUUCCCAUAAAUG